CUCUCUUCCAUCACACCUUCCCUCUUCUUCACUUCAUCUUCUUUUUUUUGCUUUAAUUCACUUCAUCUUCUUACAAAAAAAAAGAAUAUUAUCUUCAAGUACCAGACAGAAUCGUCUAUUUUAGUUAGAACUCUUAUUAAUAAAAUUUUCAUAAUUAUAUUUAAAGCACACACUCUUUUCUCAAUAAUGAGAUUCUCUCUUUCUCCUGCACGUCCGUACAGUGUAGUACCUUCACUACCAAACUACGACGUUGUUUCACACGUAAAUGUUAACAUGUCGUGGAGCCGUAAAUGUAGAUGCGUACUUACUCUUCCUUCUCCUACAAUAUCUACUUCCCGGUCACCGGUUAUACCCAAACCAGAAAUGUGGGAGGGUUUGCUGCUAAACCAAGAUCAUAAUUCCGGUGAACUGACGUUCUCUGGUUCGAACAGCCCGGUUAAGCUAAACCGUAAAUGGAAGGAGUACCAGGGGCUUCAGAAUUGGGAAGGUCUUUUAGACCCAUUGGACGAUAAUCUCCGAGGGGAGAUUCUCCGGUACGGUCAGUUCGUGGAAUCGGCUUACCAGUCCUUCGAUUUCGAUCCUUCUUCUCCAACCUAUGCCACGUGCCAAUUUCCGAGGAACACGCUGUUAGACCAAUCCGGUUUACCUAACUCCGGUUAUCGAGUGACGAAGAACCUCCGUGCCACGUCAGGUAUUAACUUACCACGUUGGAUUGAGAAAGCGCCUAGCUGGAUGGCUACACAGUCCAGCUGGAUUGGUUACGUGGCGGUAUGUCAAGACAAAGACGAGAUCUCACGGCUCGGACGUAGAGACGUCGUCAUCUCAUUCCGCGGAACCGCCACGUGUCUUGAGUGGUUAGAGAAUCUCCGAGCCACGCUGACGCAUCUCCCUGAUGGGCCGAGUGGACCUAAUCUUAACGGGUCUAACUCUGGGCCCAUGGUCGAGAGUGGGUUCUUAAGCUUAUACACAUCAGGGGCCCACAGUUUGAGAGACAUGGUAAGAGAGGAGAUCUCGAGGCUGCUUCAGUCUUACGGCGACGAGCCGCUGAGUUUAACGAUAACGGGACACAGCCUCGGAGCGGCCAUCGCGACGUUAGCGGCGUACGAUAUCAAAACGACGUUUAAACGUGCGCCAAUGGUAACCGUCAUGUCUUUCGGAGGUCCACGCGUUGGAAACAGAUGCUUCAGGAAACUACUUGAGAAGCAAGGCACGAAGGUGUUGAGGAUCGUGAACUCCGACGACGUCAUCACCAAAGUUCCAGGAGUGGUUUUAGAUAACAGAGAGCAAGAUAACGUGAAGAUGACGGCGUCGAUGCCGAGCUGGAUACAGAAACGAGUGGAGGAGACGCCGUGGGUUUACGCGGAGGUCGGGAAAGAGCUUCGGCUGAGCAGCCGUGACUCUCCGUACCUGAACGGCAUCAAUGUUGCCACGUGUCACGAGCUGAAGACGUACCUACAUUUGGUAGAUGGGUUUGUGAGCUCCACGUGUCCAUUCAGAGAAACGGCUCGAAGAGUCCUCCAUAGAUGAAGAUUCAUUAGAUAUACGUAACUUUGUGCAUUAAAAAGCAUUAAACCGAGAAAGAAAGUCCCGGUUUAGCUCCGGUUAACAGAUUAAUAUCGUUACAUUACAUGCAUCUCUAACUCAGUGGUAGAAUUAGAAAGUACAGCUUUA